AUGCAUCUUACUACCACCGUGAACUCUGAUUCACAUCCUCCGUCAUCAGCUACCAUCACCGACAUUAGUAGUAACUUCAUCCAGGCAGUACAAGAACCAUCGUCGUAUGCAGCUUCCCAACUUAUUAGUUCUUCAUCAACAGUACCGCCCUGUUCAGUGCAGCCUCGGCAGCCACAACCGUCUACAAACAAUAACAGGCAAGCUACCAUUUCUGUUAUAUCAAAUGUUCCCUAUACUGGCCCUCUUCCGCCGACAUUCUCCCCUGCCUAUACUGUAGCAGCUCAUCACAUACCGAAUUCACCGCGUCCUCCACUUCCCCGGCUUCCAUAUAUCAACAACAGCACUCGCUUGCAAUCUCCACUAAUGCCGUCAAUUCCAUCAAAAAUGCCUCGUCCAGUGUACCCACGAUCCCCCAUGCGUCGCUCACCGAACCCUAUUCCCUUCCAGCAAAAAUCAAAAUUUCUGAUAACAUUAGCCUGA